GUCGUGUGCAAUUGAUUUAUCUCCAAGGCGACGAUUGCGUAUCGAAUGGAGGCGGCGGCCAUCUCUCACAUGCAUGCCGACGUUGGAAAGCCCAUCUUGAAUGCGGACGACGAACGUAGCCAGCUAUGCAUGUACAAGUCGGGCAAGUGCAGCGAGAAGCGAGCGUGGAAGAAUGGCAAGCAGCUCAAGCUGUGCGAAGCGCACCGACUCGAGCAGAACGCAAUCAAGAUGCGCAGCGACAAGAGCUUAAGCGUGAGGCGCAAGGUAUUACGGGAAGAGAAGAAGAGGAACGAGCGGCUGCGACGUGUUGAGGAACGGAAGAAAAUGUACUGGGAGGCGUCGUGGGCGAUCGAACAUGUGACUAUGGACGAAAUAAAUUGCCAACAGUCCCCCAUCAUUCCUUCGUGGAAUGGACCGCUCAUCGACAUCGGCGACGAACUCGUUACCGCGACCUGCCUCCAAACUCUUGAGCGGCUUGGCAACGACGUCCUCCUUCCGCUGUACGAGCAGCACCCAGACCUUGACGAGCGUCAGAAGUUGAUCGUGAUGAAGGUCGCCAUGGUGCAGCUACAAAAGAAGAUGAUGCAGCAGCUCUUGCACAUGGAGCAAGCUGGUUGGAUUCUCGCCGCUCCCGACGAUCGUGCUUGUUGAUAUGUGAGCCGGAUAAUCCAGACCAUUACCGUACCGGUUGUUGGGAGUCGGACUGCAGUACUUUAAGUACAGAUCAUUUGUCUUGUGUGAAUGAAAAAGAGCUACAUACAUAAUGGCAUAUAAUGAAUUAUGAAGUCC